AUGAUUAUGCAGGAACUGUGGCAAUUAGGCUUAGGUUGGGAUGAAUCCAUAUCGCAAGAUCCGCAUGGAAGAUGGACUCAGUUUCGAAGUAUGAUUAGGGAAUUGGAAGGAUUAAAGAUUCCCCGGUGCGUUUUACACACUGCUCACUUUGAAUCGGUCGAGAUACAUGGGUUCUCUGACGCGUCCGAAAAGGCAUACGGCGCUUGUGUAUACAUUCGGCAGGUAGCGGAGUCAGGUACUUGGAUGACACACUUAUUGUGUUCUAAAUCGAGGGUGGCUCCAUUGAAGGUAGUUACCUUACCACGACUGGAACUAUGCGGGGCAGUGCUGCUAGCACAAUUGAUGAGUAAGAUGAAGGAAUCGUUUCAAUUCUCAUUUGACAAUGAAUAUUAUUGGUCGGACUCUACAAUUACAAUCGCAUGGAUACGCGGAUUAGCAACGCGUUGGAAAACAUUCGUCGCGAAUAGGGUCGCAGAAAUUCAGAGAUUAACAAGUACUCAAUGGAGGCAUGUGGGUUCACAUGACAAUCCCGCUGACCUCAUAUCACGUGGGUCCACACCUUCGGCUCUAUUAAAUAAUAAUUUGUGGUGGUUCGGUCCGGAAUGGCUCGCAGGAGACAAAGCACAGUGGCCAUCGGCGAUAGAGGAGAAAAUAGACUUACCAGAAGAGAGGACGCCAAAAACAGCGAUGACGAUAUCGAGAAAUAGGGACUUUGACAUAUUUAAUAGAUUUUCAAGCUACACUCGAUUAGUGCGUGUCAUAGCACACUGUCUAAAAUUCAUUAACAAGGGUCGAAAAGAGUUAGACAGUUGUAACGAAGGUUCAAAUCUUUCAUUGGCCGAGUUACAACGUUCAGAAGAACGGCUAUUACAUAUCGCACAACGAGAAAUAUUUUCGGAUGAACUGACGGCAUUAAAAACAAAGGGCACGGUUAGCGGGUCCAGUUCUUUGGCAUCACUGCAACCAUUUUUUGGACGAUAA